UUGUAGGUGUGUGCGUGUGUGUGUGUGUGCGCGUGCGCGGGUGCGGGAGUCAGACAGCAUAAUUUUCAUCGUCAUCAUGGGGUAUUUUUCAGCACUGACCUGUGCUGCUCUUCUCAUCACACAGGUUUUAGGAGAAUACGGUGUGGCUCAUUUCAGUGCGUUGGGAGAAAGCAAAGAGAAGGAUUACUGCAUCCACUUCAACUCCCGCUGGACUCCUUUACCUCUACACCUCAACACCAUGUCCGCAGUGGAGGUGUAUGACCUGACCCCGUCUGUGCUUUGCUCCGACUCGGACGUCCCAGAUGGCGGGUUUCCAGAUCAUGUUGCCAUGGCGAUGUGGGGGAACUGCACACUGUAUGAAAAAGUUUGUUUGGCCCAAAGCAACGGUGCAAAAGGUCUCCUGAUUAUCAGCAAAGCAGGGCUGAUCACUCCGAAGGGGAACGAAUCUCAGUAUGAGGAGAUCAACAUUCCCCUCGCUGUAAUCAGUUACACGGACAUGCUGGACAUCCGCAUGCGUUUCAGAGACAGGAAGCAGGUGGUGCUGUACUCUCCUAAGGGGCCAUGGUUGGACGUUAGCGUGGUGCUGAUGUUCCUCAUGGCCGUGGGGACAGUAGCGGGUGGAGGAUACUGGACCGGUGUCCAAGAAAUCAAAAAACUGAUGAAGGAGGAGGCCAGUGGAGAGAAAGAGGAGAGCGAGACGGUGAACAUAACUAUGUCCACGAUCACCGUGUGGGUGGCGAUGUGCUCCCUCAUGCUGGUGCUCCUUUAUAUGUUCUACAGUUAUCUGGUGUUCAUCUACAUCGGGUUUUUCUGUCUCGUCUCCUCUAUGGGUCUGUACAACUGUCUCUGGCUUAUCGUCCACAGAAUUCCUGUCGGGAAGUGCAGGAUUCCCGAGAACAAGCUGCCCUACUUGAAAAAGCGGCCGGACGUGCGAAUGCUGCUGCUGGGUUUGUUGUGUGUGAGUGUGAGCAUCACCUGGGCUGUGUUCCGCAACGAUGACUGGUGGGCAUGGGUGCUGCAGGACACACUGGGCAUGGCUAGCUGCCUCUACAUUCUGACAACAUUCAGACUGCCCAGCUUCAGAGCGUGCACUCUGCUCCUCACGGCUCUGUUAGUGUAUGAUGUCUUCUUCGUGUUUAUAACACCUUACAUCACUAAGAGUGGGGAGAGCAUCAUGGUUGAAGUAGGAGUGGGUCCCUCUGAUUCAUCCACACAGGAGAAGCUCCCGGUGGUUCUAAAGGUUCCUUACAUGACUUUUUCUGCUGUGGUUCUGUGUAAUUGGCCGUUCUUACUGCUGGGUUUGGGAGACAUUAUAAUUCCUGGUCUGCACGUAGCGUACUGCCACAGGUUUGAUGUUCUCGUAAACUCACCAAAGGUUUACUUCCUGGCCUCCACUGUCGGGUACACUGUGGGUCUGAUCCUCAGCUUUGUGUGUGCGUUUCUGAUGAACUCGGCUCAGCCGGCUCUGCUCUAUCUGGUUCCAUUCACUCUGCUGUUCAGCCUGCUGGUGGCACUGUGGCGCUCAGAACUGAAGCCCUACUGGAAGGGGGCUGUGUCUCUGCCUUCUCCUGUCGCCAUGACACCUGUCACUCAAACACUAAACCCACCCACGUCCGAGAGCUCAGCCAAUCAGGAGCCAGAUGUGAGUGACGUGACCAAUCAGGGUGAAGACCCGCCUCCACCUACAGAGGAGGAACGUCUUCAGAGGACAGAAGCCAGCCAGUGAAGAGGACUAAAAGCAAAAGGGGACGCCUUUUCCUCUUAAUUCAUCUUUUAUUUAUUUAUUUAUUUCUAUUUUAUGGCCUGUUAUUUUUAAACUGAUCUUUCAAAUAAAGAAAUAAAUAUACAGGGAAAUUAAAAGAAUUAUUUCUGUGCACCUGAUCGAUUAUCUGAUGCAGAUUUACAUGAAAUUAGCAUUAUUUAUUAGAUUAUUAAUUAUUUUUAACCUAAAUAUUACCUAAAAAUCCACCCUACAGACUGCGUAACAAAAACUAAUGUUUUUUUCCUUUAUUUAAAAAAAUGUAAAUCUCACUUUUAUAAUAAAGUUAAGAAAGUGAAAGAGCCCUUCAGAUUGAGGAGAUGAAGCAGCGAAGAUGAGGAAGCGGAGGUGAGGAAGCGGAGGUGAGGAAGCGGUGAGGAAGCGGUGAGGAAGCGGUGAGGAAGCGGUGAGGAA